UUCAGCGGGAGCAGCGAGAAACGUCAACGUACGGGCUCUCGGACGUAAACUUGUCAUUUUUUGUUGUUGUUGUUUUCUCGAUUCUUCCUCGGGCGCCAUUCUGAAAAAGAAACAAAAAAUUAUAGUGGAUUAGAGAGCUGAAAUUAAAAAGAAGUUGAUUAUUAAAUAUACUUACCUUACCUGCUAAAUACUUACCUAGUGCGAACUUUAUAGUUAUUUAGUGCUAAAAGUACAUUUGCGAAGUGCUAUAUGUAUACAAGAUAACCUCAAGAUAACGGAAAGACUUGAAAGGACAUUGAAAGGACAAAAGAGGAAAUUGGAAUAUUAAACGAAUUUUUUAAUCGUGUUUAUAAAUAAACAGAUUGUUUACCCGGAAACUUUCCUUUUUCCUUACCGUCUCGUUGGCCUGUAGCCAACAAUUUAAAAAAUUCGUUUAUCCCUGUCCGGAUAACGAUGCCCCGGUCGAAGCAUAAUUCGGAUGGAAGCAGCAGCAGUACUGGUGGAGUAAUACCGAAUGCCUGUAGAGCAUGCCGCGAACAGGAUGACUCCAGGAUGGUCCAGUGCGAUUCGUGUGAUGAUUGGUAUCACUUUGAAUGCGUGGGAGUAAACCAGGACGUCGAGUACCACGAUUGGAUCUGCCCAGCCUGCCAAGCUAAGCAGCAAGACACGAACAAGCAAUCGACGAGCAAUAUUACCACGACGGUACCGUCCGUAAGUACAUGUAUCGCCCCGACCACUAGCCAGUGGUGCACUACUCCAGUGUUACCGGUGAGUACUUCCGUCGAGCUAGUGACGAGUGACGUCACCUCAUCAAUUAUGUAUCCGUCAAAUACAAUAUGCAAUACAUUUAGUCAAAAUAUGACAAUGCCACCUCAUUCGUUCAUCCCUCCCCACUCGCUCAUGCCUCCCCACUCGUUCAUGCCACCCUACUCGUUCAUGUCGCCCUAUUAUAUGAUGCCACCCUAUCAGCCACUGCAAGGUAAUUGUCCGAUGCCACCGAUAUCGUCGUCUCGCAUGUCAAAUCCGCAAGUUUCGUUAUCGGGAGUGAAUUGUUAUGAUACGUGCUACACAGUGCCAUCAAGUACCGCUCAGCCUAUUCCGUUUGUACCCAGUACUGUUCCAUCCAUUCCGCCGAAGUCCGUUCCGUUUGUGCCAACUGCUGCCCGACCAGGAGGACCACAAAAACAGCCGUCGGAGUCGCUGCAUCCAAACCAUCUUCCAAGAAACAUGCAACAAGUUUUGGAAGAUAACCUGAACCAGCAUUCCGGAGCAAAUUCCAAGAGGUCCGCUAAGCAGAGACAGUUAAAGUUGGAGUUGAAGAUCUUGGAUGAAGAACGGAAACUUAAGGAAGCAGAAGAAGCAACCCAACGCGAAUACUUACGUAGAAGACACGAGUUGCUGAAGGAAAUAGUCAACGAUAAUUCGAAGGCGAAUGUAGAGGAGGAUCGAUCGGAUUUAAGAAUGUUCGACUGGUUGAACGAAGCUGCCGAAACGAAUCUGCAUGGUGCUCCGGUGCAUAGUACACCUGAGUUUCAUCGCCAGCCAAACCCAUCUAGAAAUCGAGUUCCGGAUUCACUAGCAGCAGCAUGCCAAUCAACUUUUAAUCCACACAUGAUGUCAGAAAAUACGCCAUCGCAUUUUAACCAGCACCGAGGCAAUCCAGGGCCUGGUUUCCAUCCGGAGCAGCGUUUCACCCCAAGACAGGUUCCAGGUGAAGACGAUGAUGAACACAACUUGACACGCAGCCAGGUAGCCGCACGCCAGGCGGUUUCAAGGGAACUUCCGUUUUUCAAUGGUACUCCGGAAGAAUGGCCGUUGUUCUACUCAACGUUUAUGACAACGACCAACCUGUGUGGUUACACACCGGAGGAAAACCUUAUUCGGUUACAAAAAUGUCUGAAAGGAAAGGCAUACGAUGCAGUUAAAUGCAGACUAAUGCAUCCAGCGAACGUUUCGGGUAUUCUUUCCACCUUGAAGAUGUUAUUUGGGAACCCUGAAGUUAUCGUCCAGAAUCUGAUAAGCAAGAUCCACUCGACGCCUGCUCCGAAAGUUGACCAGCUGAAUACGAUCAUCGAAUUCUCUCUUGCCGUGCAGAACCUGUGUGCGACGAUCGAAGCCUGCCAGCUGGAAGAAUAUUCAUAUAACGUGGCCCUCCUGCACGAACUGGUGGAUAAACUACCUUCGUCGUUCAAGAUAGAAUGGGCGACAUACCGUCGUAAUCUACCACGUGUACACCUCGCAGCGUUUUCGAAAUGCUUAUACGAGUUGGCAGAAAUAGUCUGUCCGAUUGCAAGCCUGCAAUUGGGGGAAACCAAACCGGCCCGAAGCAGCAGAAAAAAUACUGCUUUCCUCAAUGCGCACAACCAGGAAACAUCCGAUGAUCCUGUGGGCAAGCCGCGUCAACAGGUCACCACUGAGCGACCUGCCAAGACAUGUGUUGUUUGCAAAGGAAGUUGUUCCCAUCUGGAGAAAUGCAAGCGAUUCGAGGAGCUGGGAUAUAACGCCAAAUGGGCAGUAGUGAAGGAGUUCAGCCUGUGUAGGAAGUGCCUCCGCAAACACAACGGAACGUGCAAAUCCAAACAGGUUUGCGGGAAGAAUGGGUGCACCUUCAAACACCAUCAACUUCUUCACAAUAUCCAGCGCGAUGGGACCGCCACAAGUAGUUCCAACGCUCCGGGAACGACUGCUGCUAAAGUUGCUCAAAACACUUCGGUUCGCGAGUGCAACGCUCAUCACAAGUCCGCUAACAAGGGGCUAUUUCGAGUCGCUCCAGUCGUCAUCCAUGGUCCGAGUAAGUCCAUUAAGACGUUCGCCUUCCUCGACGAUGGAUCAUCGCUCACCCUAGUGGAUUCAUCGCUGGUGCAAGAGUUGAAGUUGCAAGGAGAAACCAUACCCUUGUGCCUUAAGUGGACAGGCAACAGCGGCGGAUGGAGAACGACUCUAUGA